UUGGCCCACCUUCCACAUCCGGCCACAGUCGGCGACACGUCGCUCUCCUUCGGAGCCUGAUCUGUGUUUACAUAUCACUCGGAGACUCCUUUAUUGACAUACAAUGUUUUAGUACUUGCAGGGGUGGAAUUAAUCUCACAUUCAAAAACAGUCUGCAAAAAUACUCGUGGUUGUGGUUUGUAGUAAAAACAAGGUGUCCAAAUGGGAGAGGUGAGGAAGUUACAGAAGAAGUUGAGACAGAUUGAGAAUUUGGAGAUCAAAAUCAGUCUUGCCCCCGAAGAAAGAUUUAAGAUCUCCAGGAAGGCGGAGCUGCGUUCCAGAUUGGCUGAGCUCCUGCUGCAGCAGUCUGGCCCGCAGCACACUCUGGGGACCGUAGCAGAAGGAAACAAGGAGAAGAUGAAAAGACAAGUAGAGGACGCCCCAGAGGACCUUCCAUCACAGACGCCCACCGCCUCCAAGAUCCCAAAGGGAGCGGGGCAGCUGAAAGCCCCGGCCGCACCAGCGCAGCAGAGUGCCAGCCAGAGGCAGACGGCACCGGGGAGGGAUGGGGAUGGUGGAGCGCGGGGGACGCGGCCAGACAAGGGGCCACAGGGGACCAGGGUGGCGGAUCCCCAACCGUCGGCGGCAGGGUCACACGCCGGACCAACGACGCAGACCGCGGACGCCGAAAACCAGCCUCAAGCCGAGCUACAAGACACAGAGUUGGCCUCCCUGAAAGCGACCUGGGAGAAGGCCAAGUUUCGCUUAAGACUAUUGGAGGGUCACACCGACAUAGUAACCUGCGUGGUUGCUAUUGACAACAUGGUGAUCUCUGGAAGUCGGGACACCACAGUGAAGGUGUGGCACGUCCCGACGGCCACCGAGCAGAGGAACCUGGGAGGACACAGCGGCGGGGUCACCUGUCUGUCAGCCCCUCCCCCGGAGUACUGCGGGAAGCUAGCGCGCACCCUGUCUCUGUCGGAGAAGGAACGGUUCAUCCUGAGCGGCUCCGCAGACUGCUGUGUGAAAAUAUGGUCCUUAAGCACAGGCCAGUGUGUAAAGUCCAUCUACACGUUCAAUGCUGUGACGGCUCUCUGCUUUGUGAGUGCAGAGGGGUGGGGGUGCAUUCACACACACACAGACGGGGGAAAGGUCCAAGGCUGGAGUUGGCAGACACUGGAGAGCUGCCAGUCCAUCAACGCGCACCAGGGAGCAGUGACCUCCAUCCAGGCCCAGGGUCCGCUGGUGUUCAGCGGCUCGGCGGAGGGCGACGUGUGUGUGUGGAGAACCUGUGCUCGGAGCGAGCCCCUGAGGCUGCUGCAGCGCUGGGACAGCCAGGUGACGGGCUGCCGGGGGGGCCAGGGGGGCCGCCUGGCCCUCAGCCCCCGGGGGGACCGCCUCUUCCUGGGCCACGGCAGGGCCUUCAUCAGGGUCCUCCACUGGAGGACAGGAAGCAUGUCCAGACUGACCAACCACAGCAGUCUCUCGGGAGUAACAGAUUGCAUUCAUCAGACACCGGGCCUUCUCAUUGGCUCCUGCUAUGACCUGGCCAAUGGCCAGACCACUCUGAACAUGUUCUCCCUGCCCCAGUGCAGGUACGUGACCUCCCUCACCUCCGCCGAUGUUCCCAGAGUGCUGUGCUUCGCGGCGUGGCAGACGGGGAGCGGCGGCCACCGAUGGGUCACGGGGGGUCAGAGCCUGGUGGUGUGGGAGCAGCUGCCCGCCUCCGCCAAGCAGAGGGGUGAUGUCACAGUGCGGCGAGACAGCCGAUUGGACGCCACGCUGCUGGAGUACGGAAGGCGACACGGACGGGGAUGAAGACGAGGAUAGCUACGGUACUUAGAGCUCCAGCGAGAUGAAGACGGUGAUGAAGAAGAAGACUGCCAAUCCCAAGAUGCAACUGAGGGGGAGUCAAGCUCCUGGCUCCGCUGUGUCCUUCAGUGAGCCUGAGUUGGAAAACACCAGAGGAAGACGCUGUGCCCGGCAGCAAGGAGGAGGAGGAGGAGGAGGAAGAAGAGAAGGAAGAGGGAGAGAGAGAGAGAGAGAGAGAAAGUGAGUGAGUGCCGGAGAGAGUGUGCUGGAGAGAGUGAGAGAGAGGGUGCCUGAGAGAGUGAGAGAGAGUGCCAGAGAGAGAGAGAGUGCCAGAGCCAAGCAGGAGAGAUAGUGACAGAGACCGCGAGCGCCAGGGAGCUUCAGUGUCUGCGAAGUAAAGAGUGACAGAUUGUUUAGUGUUUGAUGACACACUGGCAAACAUACGGACUGCGAGUGUGAGCGUGAGAGCGUUUGAGUAAGUAACAUAUUGUUUUAAGGAGUAUGCUGGUCAUUUUGUAUGUAUAUGUUGUUUCUCAUGCGUUUUACAAUAAAACAUCCACUGUGGCAUGCUACCCUCCGGACCAAACGA